AUGAUUGGGAACGUUGCAAAGCUAUCGGGUCAAGGCGGUUGGGACCCAGAGGGGGACGUCGAAUCGUACGACUGGAAGCAACAAAUCGAUCAUGCCUUCGACAACGUGGACAGAGUAUUACAGGCGGCCAGACUCCGUGGCUGGGAAGACGUGUAUCUCCUCCGCAGCUAUCAGACGGACAUUGGGAAUCACUUUGAGUACUUGGUGGAGACGCUGAAGAAGCGUGUCCCAAGUCACCGUCCGCUUUGGACCGCCCUGGGCAUUUCCAAGCUGGCUGAGCCUGCUAUGACGGUCAAGCUUGAAGUCGAGGCCAUCAAGCAAGAUAAAUAG